AUGCCUCCAACAAGACAUACUCGUGCCAACAGCAACCCUGAAGGCACCCACAAUACCAAUAAUAACAAUGACAACCAGAAUGUCAACACAGGCACAGUAGAUCCUGCUGUUGCCCAACUAAUUCAAAUUUUGGCCCAACAAACUGCUCACUUUACCCGGCAACAGCAACAUCAAGAGAAUCCUAGGGUAACUUUUAAAACUUUUCAGGCAGUUCAUCCCCCAGAGUUUAAGGGCUCAGCAGAUCCCGUUGCAGCCCAAACAUGGUUAAAAGAAAUGGAAAAGUGUUUUGAGUUAGUUCCAGUAAGUGUAGAACAGAAAACAAAGUUUGCCAGUCAUUACUUAAAGAAUGAAGCGACGUAUUGGUGGGAAUCUGUUAAGAAUAUGGAAGGUACGGUUGAAAUUACUUGGGAAAGGUUUAAAGAAUUGUUUCUAGAGAAGUAUUUUCUUAGGUUUCUUCAGGAUCAGAUGGAAUUGAACUUUUUAGAGUUGAAACAAGGAAAUAUGUCUGUGGUGGAGUAUGAGAAUAAGUUUGCGGAAUUGGCCAGGUUUAUGCCAACUUAUGUAGAGACAGAUAGGCAGAAAGCAAAGAGGUUCCAGCAAGGUCUGAAGCCUUGGAUUAGAAGCAAGUUAGCUAUUUUGCAAUUGGAUACUUAUGCGGCAGUUGUUGAGAAAGCGAUGAUUGCGGAGACAGAAAAUGAGUUGUUCCAGAAGUCUAAGGAGAAUAAGAAGAGAAAGCCAGACAAUAGAGAAGGACUAUCUUAUCAAGGGAGAUUCCAGAAGAAAGGGUAA